AGGAGUUCUAUAAAAGCGCAUCUCUGCUCGUUGAGUGAAACAAUUGAGUUUCAACCAUGCGAGUGAUUGCAGUGUUUAUUUCCCUAACAACCUACGUGGCCUUGAGCAACGCUUAUGGCGCAUCACAUGGUGGUGGCGGCGGCCUAGGCCUCGGCUUAGGUUUAGGCGGCGGAUUUGGUCUUGAUCUCGGCGGCUCUAAAGGCGGUUUACUUGGUCUUGGAUUAGGCAGUGGCGUCAGUGCUAGUUCGUCAUCUUCUGCUUCAGUCGGCAGCUUUGGUUCCGGAUACGGCGGUGGUGGUGGUGGUGGCGGCGGUUAUGGCGGAAACCGCGGCAGUGGCGGAUAUGGUGGUGCAGGUGCUGGUGGUGCUGGUUUAGGCGGAGGUUUUGAUGGUGGCGCAGGAAACGGCGGAAGUGGAUCGGCCUCGGCCGGCAGUUCAGCUAAUGCUGGUGUUGGUGGUGGUGCCGGUGGUCUUGGUGGUGGUGCCGGUGGUCUUGGUGGCGCUGGCGGUCACGGAGGAGCUGGAGGUCAUAGUGGUGCUGGUGGUCUUGGUGGAGCCGGUGGUUACGGCGGUGCUGGUAGCUCAUCAUCCGCAAGUGGUUCGGCCUCCGCUGGUGGUUCCACUGGCUCAGGCGGCGGUUCUGGCGGUGCUGGCAGCGCUGGCGGUUUUGGUGGUGCAGGUGGAUAUGGUGGUGGUAAAGGCGCAGCAGGAUCAGGUGGAUAUGGUGGUGCUGCCGGAAGUUCUGGAGGUUUCGGUGGAGCCGGUAGUGCAGGAAGUGCCGGAGGAUUUGGAGGAGCCGGUGGUGCUGGCAAUGCUGGUGGUUUUGGUGGAGCUGGAGCAGUCGGUGGUUCAUCUGAUUUAAGCCUUGGCGGUGGAUUCGGAGGUGGUGGUAAUGGUGGUUAUGGAGGUGGUAAAGGCGCAGCUGGAGGUCAUGGAUCCGCCGGUAGUUCUGGUUCUGGAUCUGGUGGAUUUGGUGGCGCAGGAAGCUCAUCAUCUUCUGGUGGAUUUGGUGGCGGAGCUGCUGGUGGUGCCGGUAGUGCUGGCGGUAUAGGUGGUGCUGGUGGCUACGGUGGUGCUGGCGGUUAUGGUGGCAGCAAAGGUUCAGCUGGAGGGCAUGGUUCAUCAUCCGCUGGCGGUUCGUCUGGUUCUGGACUCGGUUCGGGAUUAGGAGGAGGACUUGGUGGUGGAUUUGGUGGUGCUGGUGGUCAAGGAGGUGCUGGUGGUCAAGGAGGUGCUGGUGGUCACGGAGGUGCCAGUGGUUAUGGAGGUUCAUCCUCAGCUGGUGGUUCUGCAUCUUCCGGCAGUUCAUCUGGAUUUGGUGGCGGAGCAGGUAGUGGAUUUGGUGGUGGUGCAGGCGGUGCCGGUAGUGCUGGAGGUGUUGGCGGUGCUGGUGGUUAUGGUGGAGGCAAAGGUGAAGCCGGAGGAUAUGGUUCGUCAUCCGCUGGCGGCUCUGGUGGUGCAGGACUCGGUUUAGGAUUAGGAGGAGGACUUGGUGGUGGUGCAGGCGGCGCCGGUAGUGCCGGAGGUGUUGGCGGUGCAGGUGGUUACGGUGGCGGCAAAGGUUCGGCCGGAGGAUAUGGUUCAUCAUCUGCUGGCGGUUCUGCUGGAGCUGGACUUGGCUUAGGCUUAGGAGGCGACCUUGGCGGUGGAGCUGGUGGAUUUGGUGGCAGUAAAGGUGGUGCGUCCGCUGGCGGCUCAGCUGAUGCGGGUGCUGGCAGCGGAUUUGGCGGAGGCGGUGGCGGUGCUGCUGGUGGUUUCUCGGGUGGCGGCGCUGGAGGUCGGGGAGAUGGUCAUGGACAUGGUCACGGUCAUGGACACAAAAAUCACGGACACGGUAGUGGUGGUGCUGGCGCUGGUUUAGGUCUCGGACUCGGUCUAGGCCUUGGCGGAGGCCUAGGUGGCGCAGGCGGUUUUGGCGGUGCUGGUGCAGGUGGCGUCGGCGGUUACGGAGCUGGCGGCCGUGGUAGCGGGGGUGCUGGAGGUGCCGGAGGCUAUGGACCUGGCGGUUUCGGAGGCUCAGGCGCCGGCGGACAUAGUGGCGGCUUCGCCGGUAGUAGUGGAUUUGGUGGUUUCGGCGCCGGCGGGGCUGGUGGUCAUGGUGGUGCUGGUGGUUUCGGUGGUAGUGGUGGUUAUGGAGGCAGCAGUGCUAGUAGUUCAGCGCACUCUUCAGCCUCAGCGUCAGCUUCAUCUUCAGCAUCUGCUUCAUCUGGCGGUGGCUACAAAACAGGCUACGGACGAUGAACAACACUUAGCGUAUAUUCAGGUUUAAGUGAUCCUCUGUAUUUGUAAUCAUAGGAAUGUAUGUGCUUAUAAGACAGAAAUAUUGUAGUUUUUUGUGUUCGAUUGUAGUUGAAAAUAUUUAGCAUUAUGGAUUUGUAUUGUGAUCGAAAUAAAGGAAAACAUAAACUAAGUAAACAAAGU